AUGCUUGAUCAUGAUGCAUACGGUGCACAGAGACAGAGCAUACUGACUUCAGCCAAGAUAGAAGAGCUUGAAGGCUCCACAACACUUUCUAAGAAAUACUUGCUGUUCAACGUAUUUGUCAUCGUUCCUCUCGUGAUGUACAUCGUCUUUCUUAUUCUGUCUCAGAUGAAAAAGAAAAGAUCCAGCCCUGACUCGCAAGAAUCAGAGAAAGGCUCUUUGCCGCGCGAGGAAGAGCCUUCUGAGGGCCAGCCUGAAGUUCUAUCCACUGGAGACAUUUCCACUUUUACUCUGCGCCGAUCUAAAAGCGUAGAUAACUCUGUGGCCACCAGCACAACCCAAAUGGCUGGAUUUGAUGGCGCUGAUGCAGGACUAGCAAACAAUUGGUAUCCCAUCACUGCUCCUGACCAAAUGACUGGAUUUGAUGGCGCUGAUGCGGGCAUAGCAAAUAGCUGGUAUCCCUCUGCCACCACAGGCAUAGACAAAAUGGUUGGAUUCGAUGGCAAUGAUUCUGUUCUGAGAAAUAGCUGGUAUCCUGCCACCACUGCAACUCUGGACCAAAUGCUUGGAUUUGAUGGUGCGGAUUCUGUGCUAAAUACGAAGUGGUACUCAUCUACUGCCACUGUUUCUGAGGAAAUAAUUGACUCUACGGUUGAUGAGCCCACUGUGCUGCCUUCUCUGGGAUCUUUUGCCUCUAUUGACACUGUUUCUACCCCCAUUACCACCAGCAACUCUAAUGUGACUUCUUCUGCUACCACUCCGGAUCAAAUAACCAGCUUUGAUGAGUACAAUCCUCUUUUUGUGGAAAAGUACAAACAAUUUAACGGCUUUGCAGACUGUGUAGCACGAGACGAUAAAAACAAAAGCAUUAAUUAUGGAGAAGAAGGCAUUAAAUGCCAUCCAUCCGUAGGAUGCAACGAUGCUUACUCUGGAAAUCUAGCAAGCCCCUCAGAGUACUCUAAGCCAAUUUUAGGCGAGAGAGCUACCUCCAGAGUUUUCUCCUGCGAUGACAGCGAUGUAGGAAUGUUUUGA